AUGCUAGAUUCGAAUAAGACUGUGGUGAAUGAAUUUCUUCUACUGGGGUUUUCCAACUUUCACAACUUUCAAACUGUUCUUUUCUGUUUUAUUUUUCUAUCAUAUAUUACAUGUGUCUUUGGAAACCUAACUAUUAUUAUUUUAGUUAGAACAGAGGCUUCUCUUCAUAAUCCAAUGUACUUUUUUAUUAGCAUAUUUGCUGUUUUAGAAAUAAUGUUUAUCUCAGUAACAGUUCCAAAGCUCUUAGUUAUACUAGUUCAUAGUAACAAGAUCAUUAAAUUUAGUGGAUGCUUUGUACAACUGUAUGCCUUCAAUGCCUUGGGGGAAACGGAAUGCUUUCUCCUUGCGUUAAUGGUAUUUGAUCGAUAUUUGGCUAUUAACAAUCCACUAAGGUAUUCAACAAUUAUGAACAAUACAUUUUGUUCUAAACUAGCUGCUUUUCCGUGGCUGGCUGGCUUCUUUAUUGCUUCCUUCCCUACAUUUUGUACAGUUGUUAUGGAAUUCUGUGGCCCAUAUGAGAUUGACCACUUCUUCUGUGACCUGGCUCCUCUACAGAAUUUGGCAUGUUUUGAUCCCUAUAACAGCAGUCUUGUUACAGUUGUGGCUGCUGUUAUUUCAAUUGUUUUGCCAUUUGUUACAAUUGCCACAUUAUACAUUAACAUUAUAGUUACUAUUCUUAAGAUUAAAAGCAGGGAGGGUAAAAGGAAAGCCUUUUCAACCUGUUCAUCUCAUCUCAUUGUAGUCUGUCUUUUCUAUGGUUCAGCCAUUAUUGUAUAUGUUAGACCUAAAGGUAGCCACUAUGAUAAGUUCCUUGCACUUACAUACACUGUUAUAACUCCACUCCUGAAUCCCUUUAUUUAUACUUUAAGAAACAGGGAG